GUAGAAGCGGUGUUGCUGUAGAAGUUCGAGGCACAUUCAAGUUAUAGCCUCAACCCUGUCUCAUCCACAGCCAGGAGGAGCGCUGCUGUCGGAGUCAUGAGUUUCAGGCUCGUGUUGCUGGUGCUGGCGGUGGCCGUGGUGGCCGUCAUGGGACAGAGAAGACGCCCGGCCACGGAGGAGUGGAACUACCGCGACGGCUCUGAGAAGGUGAGCAUGCGAGGAGUGGCGAACCUCACUCAGGUCCUGGACAACUGGAGGUUCGACAUCCUGACCCAGAUGAAGACCAUGCUGCAGAAUGACCACCAGUCCCUGCUCCCUGACUAUGCCAGGAUCCAGCCCCUGUCUGAGGCCCUGGAUGACCUCUUCAAGGAGUUCAAUGCCCUGAAAGCGCACCUGGGUGACCUGAGUGAGAAAUUUGUGGCCAUCGAGACCUUUAUCGACGAGGUGAAGGCGGAGAAGGCGGCAAACCCGAGCGUCAACACAAACGCGAACGCGACUCCUGUUAGGAGAAAGAUCAUCAAGAAAAAGGCCCCGGCCUCCUGAACAGAUACCCCGCCUCUGACUCUGCCCCCUACAAGUGCUGGCACUC